AUGGGGACAGAGAUAGGUAUGCAACAAGAAACUAUAAGCUGUCAGGUUUGCAGGAAGCGAAAGAUCAAGUGUGACCGUCUCGUCGGGGGAUGUUCUCGAUGCGCCACGUUUGGGGAACUAUGUUCGUAUACCAAGGGUGAGACUGGACAAAGCCCCAGAAGAGAUCCCAACGAGCUAAGCCAGGCUGGAUUCGAGAGAAGGAGAGUGUGGAAAUCUUGUGAUGAGUGUAAGAGGUCCAAGUCAAAGUGUACUGGGGGUACAAAGUGCCAAAGAUGUACCAGGCGGAAUUUAGACUGUUCGUUUGGAGUAGCACAAAAUAUCCAGCCUGCGGAUAAUAAAGACGUUGAUUUGAUACCCGCAUGGAUGCGCUCUGAGUGCCUUCCUGAACCCAUUGUGAUAAAAGAAUUAGUUGGCAUUUUUUUUCGGAGGAUACACACAGCGAGAUGUUUGGGCUUCAUUCAUAUACCAACGUUUACUGAGCAAAUGAAAAGUACUAUCGACAACGGAGGAAAGGACAACGCCCUACUGCACAUCAUUUGUGCACUGGCAGCGCCUUUUUACCUUCACGAGGUUUUAGCUCCGGAAGUGACCAAUUCUACUUUAGAUGACCCUCCGCAAUAUUUUAUGGCAGGUGACGGGUGGGCCACUGCUGCACAAACUCUCUUAUUAUCCAGCUUUGGGAGCACAAGCAUCGAAAAACUAAUGGCAGCGGUUUUGCUGCAUGAUUAUUAUCUGAGAGUUGGAAGUCAUGGAUCGGCAUUUUUCAUAUCUGGAUUGAUAACACGCUAUGUUCAAAUUCUCCAACUGAAUAUUGAAUACGACUACGAUAUUCUUUGCGAAGAUGGAAGAGUAUCAUGGGCAAGCAAAGAGAGUAGAAGACGUUUAGCCUGGGCCUGUUUUUUACUAGAUGCAUUCAUUGAGUGUGGCAUAGAUCAGUUGAGAUUUAUGUCAGCUUCAGACAUGAAAAUCCAACUGCCAUGUGCCGAGGAAUUGUUUAUCAAUAAUAUUCCUUGUAUCACAGAGACCCUGAACAAAGGAACCAUUCUACCUUUUUUGCGGACGAAGGUAACUAACGCUGCGGAUAAGCUUGAUGUGAGAGCAUAUUACAUUAGAUGUAUGGUCAUCAGGGCAAAAAUCCUAAGAUAUGUGAAACACUUGGAAAAUGAGAUUCCUUGGGAAGCAAAUUCAACGUUUAAAACUCUUGAAAGUCAACUUAUUGAUCUAGAAGCUUCGUUGCCUCCAUCAUUAAUUAUGAACAAGGAAAACACUUAUCUCCAUCAAGUUUCUGAGACUCUCAAUCAGUUUUAUGGCCUGCAAAUAAUGCUCGCACAGUCUUUCCAUGACUUGCAUAGGGUUGCAGUGCCGCAGCUUGUCUUUCCAAACUCAGCGACACAAAAAAUAAGAGAUAAUGCGCCUAAGAGUUUCAUACAUUCUUGCUACAAGACGUGCACUUCUUCAGCUGUUCGCAUAGCCUGUAUGCUGAAGGACUUGUGGACUUGUGAGAGGAUGGAUUUGAUUGACUUACCUUUCCUGUCUCAUGUCCAGGUUUGCAGUAGAGUGUUGAUCACAUGUUUGACAACGUGGAAUGACUCUGAGCCACUUUUUCCCAUAUAUCCAGAUAGGUUUUAUACCAACCUGCUGGAAUCAAACAGGAAUAUACUAGGAUAUCUUCGGUCGUUCUUGAAAGCAGAUCAAUACUAUGAGUCCGCAACGCUCUCAUUGAAAGUGUGGGAAAAGUAUUUGGAACUAAAGAACUCAAAGCAGUUACAACGAGUUAAUUCCAAUAAAGACUCAUCCGUCAAUCCUCCACAAUUUUCACUCGAGUAUAUUUUGAAUCCGCUGGGAACUUAUCCAAUGGCCCGCCAACGAGCUGCGGAAAAGCAUUCUCCAGAAACUUUACUUUCACCAGUUUCGAAUCUGCAACAACUUCAUGAUCAGCAACAGGCUCCUAUUUCCGAUCCGUUUGACAGGGAAGUGGCCGAAACUGCAAAUGGUUUAAAUAUUGAAGAAUUCAUUGACUAUAGCUCGGUCGGCAACCCUUUUGGAGAUUGGCUUGGCGAGCUAACAAGGUUUGAUGCGGUGGGGUUCCCGAUUGCUAACUAG